CGUUUUUAUCCCUGGAGGUGAACGCAUCCUUUGUCCAGCCGCCUGGCCGUCUGGAUUACUAGAGACCUAUUAAUUGGCCGAACGUUUAAGUUUCUCCCGCACUCUCCUUACCCUUCGUCGCAGAGCUCCCUAGAAACCACCCUCUUUGGAGGGAAGGGGCUGCCCUAGUAAAGCCGCAAAGCUGCAGCGGAAGAGGAGGGGCCGAGGGGAUCUGGCGCCCAGCCCGAGGCGUGGGAGGAGGCAGUGAUGCGCCCCUGCGCAGGCGCUAAAUUCGAAUGGGCCGCCCACGCCUAGAGGCACCGGAAGGAGGACGGUAGUGCUACCGGAAGUAACGCACGCCUCACGUCGGCGCCAAGUUCGAAUGCGUCACACGAGCCGUCGCUGAGGAAACGACCAUUGGCGACGUUCUCGCUGAGGCGGUCGGUGCUCGCGGCCCAGGGCCUGAGCCCAGGUGUUUGAGCAAUGGCGCGGGUGUUAGGAGUAGGAGGCAAGGCGUCCGCCGAAGAGGAGGACACUAUUGAGAUAGAAGAGGAGAGCCAAGGAGAGAAGAACCAGAAGGAUGCCUGUCCUGUCAUCGUUUUGGAUUCUAGCAGUGAAGAUGAAGAGUUUGAAUUGAUGCUGUCCCGUGGCAAAAUUCCAAAGCUACAAACAAAUUCAUCUUCAGAGAAAAAAAGAGAGAAAAAAAGAGAAAAACACUAUGAUAAAGCUACAACCUCCAGUGGUGUGACAGUGAAAAGAAAGAGACCCCAGGUGAAUCCCAAAAAGAAGAAACCCACCAAGGAUUCAGGGGCUGCCACACCUGGCUUUUCAGGCACUUCGGGGCUAGUGCCCACCAUGUCAGCUCCCCCAAGCACAUCAGCAAGUACCCCAGAUGCUCCGAAAAGCCGUAGAAGAAAAAAAACGAUUGCGACAAACAUACAUCAUCGAACAAAACUAGUUCCCCCAUUGGCCAUGUCCUCCAAAACAUGGCUGCAUUCAAUGAAGAAGACAUGCCGAGUGUCCGAGUGCUUCUUGGCUGAGCUGUCCAAUCCCUCAUCGGACUACGUCAAGUACUUUCAGCUGAAGAAGGAGGAGCUGACUGCCAAGCUGUAUCAGUUGUAUAAUUCCUCCAUCUUUAGGGAGCAGUUACCUGAGAAAAUCAACAUAACCUGGAACAAGAAGCUUCGUACAACUGCAGGAUACUGUCAUGUUUCAGGCAAGGAAAGCGGUCCACAGGCAUCACGCUCCAUCAGAAUUGAGCUUUCUGAGAAAGUCUGUGACUCUGCAGACCGGCUCCGGGACACCCUGAUACAUGAGCUAUGCCAUGCAGCUACCUGGCUGUUUCAUGGGGUCAGGGACUGCCAUGGUCCCUUCUGGAAGGUUUAUGCCCAAAGAUGUGCCCUGGUACACCCAGAACUGCCUAUGGUUAAACGGUGCCACAAUUACGAGAUUCAUUACAAGUACACGUAUGAAUGUGGCAAUUGCAGUGCCAGGAUUGGCCGCCACUCCAGGUCCGUGGCUACGGAUCGAGUAGCCUGCUCGUUGUGUAAUGGGCAUCUGAGGCUGCUCCCACCUUCCCAGAGUGUUGGGCCAAAUGCGCCUCGUCAUGCCCCUCCAACUGCCAGCGCUCAACAACCAAGGCAGCCCUCUGGCAAGAAGGGAAAGGCGAUAUCAAAGAAGAAUCCUGAUUCUGACUCCCCUGCUGAGCCCCGUGAUGCUUAAAUGUCUCCCUCCUCCCUCGGGACCUAAUAUCGCUGCUUCUUGUCAGUAUGUUUAGUGGGUGGGGAUCCCUUUGCGAUGUAAUUUGGAGCUAGUGACAAUAUUUUCCCUGUGUUUGAUGUUCAAUUUAGUGCUGAUGUAGAAUCCUGUUCAUCGGAGCAAUGACUCCCUGUCACUAUGGCCAACUUGCAGCAGGAUGGUGGUUGGGAAAAUGGCUAGCUGCCUUUCUUUCCCUUGGUUUCCAUCCUGCCCAUUUGGGUGGAAUGGCCAAGAGGAGGUUGUGGCCCAGAGGGCAAUAGGGCAGAUGAUGAGUAAGGGGAGAGAAGAGGGGAUGGCCUGCUUUAGAUAAACAAGAACAGGGAGCACCCAGUUGGAGGUGUUUGGCCAGGAUUCAACAGAUUGUUAUUGAGUUGUGUUUUCUCUCCCAGAGGAAAGUUGUUAUUAAAGCCUGCUCUAAGCCAUGGACUUUCUUCAUAUGAAUAAAAGUUUUUAUGGACUCAUCAA